AUGAUAGAAUCAGGAGAUUUUACAUUCGACGACGAUGGAUAUGAAAAGAAAAUAGGAAGUAUUUCAGAUAAUCAUGUUAUUUCAUUGGUAGACAGUGCACAUUCACCGGAACAUUCGUUAUUACGAUCAUCGCUUGCUUCUGCAUUUGACGAUGAUUCAUCACUUAAAGGUAGCAUUUUUUUCGGUGAUAGUGUCGCCGCUGGCCGGUUGGCUGUCGGACCACUCUCAAAGUCGGUUCGGACGACGUCGUCCAUUCAUUUUGAGCGGUAUUCUAGUGUGUGGCGCAUCGCUUCUGCUGCUUUCAUUCGCCGAAAUUUCUAUUGGGUGAUGAUUACCCGAUUCAUCCAGGAGAUGGGUGUCUAUGCGGUGCUCCCAUACUUUCAAUACUACCUGUCCGAUGUCAUAAAGGUAGAGAAUGCCGCUGCCUACACCAGUGUCUUGCUGUGUAUUAUCGUAGUCACGUCGGUGCCGGCCUCACUCAUUGCCAGUCCGCUCUCGAAUCGAUUCGGUCGCAAAGUAAUGGUCUACGUUUCGUGUGGAACAAUGUCGGCGUGUAUCGUUGGAUUCCUGGUGAUCAGUUUCAACCCCUCGUUGUUGCUGGUGAUGAUCCUCGCCGGUAUUUUCGGUGUGGGCUACGGUGCCUAUCAAGCAGUGGAUUGGGCGUUGGCGCUCGAUUGUUUGCCAGAGAACGCAGACAUUGCUAAGGAUCUGGCGAUCUGGCAUCAGACCAUGGUUAUUCCACAAGCACUCUCACCAUUGAUAACAGGAUUCAUCCUCGACAACAUCGAAUCUAGAAAGUUGGGCUACUCUGUUGUAUUCUCAGUCACAAUAGUAUGGUUUACACUCGCCACCAUCCUCGUUCAACCAAUCAAACUAUCACAAAGUCACAUACCUAUGCAUCGACAACUGAAACAUUCAAUUGAACUCUCUCAAGAUAGUGAGAAUCAUUCAGACAUGGAUCAAUAUCAAAAAUAA